CUGAGUCGUGUGUCGCAUGUGCUGCCAAAUAGGAAAGAAAUUCAUGGAAUUGAUGCUGAAUUUUACUCUUUAUAUUGAUUAGAAUCGUCCAAGUUUUAUCACUGGGGGGAAGAAUUCAUAAUGGGGGACCAGCCUGGAGCUGGAGGAUCACAUUCGUAUAAGAUUCGUGGUCAUUCACGUCAAMGAAGAUCAACGAAACCAUAUUCACGACCGUCUGAUGGCAAGAAGGGUGUUCUAGAAACGGUUAAAGAUUUUUUCUCUCCUUCGUGGCUCGUGGAUUUUUGGAAAGGGAAAAUCGCUCCUGAAGAAGAAGAAGUUGAACAARACGAAGAUGUAGACGAACCUGAGUAUCCUACAAAUACUAUAGAGACAGAACAAGGUCCAUCUAGAGGAUCUUCGGAGGCAAUGAAUGUGAAUACUAGAAUAGCCGGUCAAACUUCAUCAGAUACUCGAGAUAGAAUUGACAAAGUCUAUGGAAAUGGUGGCUUAGGAUCUGUGGCUUCUGCACAAAUAACCAGUCAAACGUCGCGUAAAAGUGGACUCACGGCUUUCCUGGCCUUAACCUCGAGACAAAAAUCAAAUAAAGAGUCUGUGGUUACUAGAACAACGGGGAGUUCUUCGAAGAAUACUGAAUCAUCGAGACCAGUAGAUCAAGAACGAUUCAAAGCUCCAAGGUCUACYAGUGAUCACAUCGACCCUACAGAGGGAGAAUCACCAUCCUCAUCACAGGUAUUACCUACUAGAGCAGUAUCAACCCCAAAAGAUUCCGAAUCGCCUUCCACCUCAUUUCUAAAUCCUGGUCCAUCUCGUAAAGCCCUKCCUUCGUUAAUCAGUACCAGUACACCUAUGCCUGAUACAUCUACUGCCACUCCUAUGGAUCAGUCGUCCACUUCAUCAGAGAGAAUACCACUCUCUAUUGGAUCUAGACCACAGCCUACGUCAGUCUUUAGAAACAGACCAGAGUUUUCUGUAGCAGCUUUUGGGUCUCCUCUACCACCACGGCAAAGCACCCAAACCAAGCAAUUCUCAUCACCUUUCUAUUCUGGUAAGACUGCAUUUGGUGGUGCAUCAUCGCAAUUUACAAGUUCUUCAAAACGAAUGAGGGUCAGCUCUCCUGGGAGUCUAGAGGUAUCUAGACCUGUCAAGAAACAAAUGAAACCAAYACCUAUUGCAGGGCCAGGAGUGGGAGGAGUAGCGAGCCAAACAGCAAAAAGAAUACUGGAGACUCUAGAAAAGAUGUCUUCCCCACUUGUCGACGCUAAGAAAAUUCCACCUUCUCCUCCAUUUUCUGCUUCUUCAUCACCACUUUCUUUUUCGCAAAGUAUGAGAAGAAAACAUCCAUACCAACCAAACMGAACUGUUGGAUCUCCCAGGAAACUACAGGCUCAAUUUGGUGCUCCUCCAGUUCAGUCACUGUCUGUACCACAAAGAGCAUCRAUAUCUAGAAUUCAUCAAAAACCUCCAUCUACCAGAACAGCAACCAUCACAUCACAAGCUCAAGAACCAACAUCUUUUGGACAUCUUUCAAGCAGAGAAACAUCGAAGCCUACUCCAACGUUCACUCCUACUCCAUUACCYGUAUCCUUAUCACCCAAGGAGUCCUUUAAAGGUGGUGGAAAGAUGAGGACAGCUAAAACUAGUAAUACUCAUUAUAAAUCCCAGACUAUCACAGAAGACCAAGAAGAGGUAGUAAAUCCCUUACCAGAGAUUGUAUCUGCUGUUCCACUAAACAUCCCWUCUAGUACAACAUUACCAACAUUUUCAUUCUCACCAUCUUCAACUUCUAAUAAAAUGUCAACAAGCACUUCAUCAACUAGCAAAAUGGGCUUUUCAUUUGCCCCUCCAAAAUCCAAGGAAUCUGAUAUAACUACAAACAACUUCAAGUUCUCAAUACCAGAGCCAAAGGCUUCAUCUACUAUAGCAUCAACAUCAAAUCAAACUCCUGAGAAAAAGUCAKCAUAUUCAUUUAGUCGACCAGCCCCUGUAAGCAAAAGUGACUCCAGCACGAUGAGUGACAAUGGAAAAAACAAUACUACAAAAUCCUCAUUGGAUAAAUACAAGCCUGCCGAAGGCUCAUGGGAAUGUACAACAUGUAUGAUCAACAACAAAGCUACAGCAACAUYGUGUAUUGCAUGCUCUUCAUCAAAGCCUGACAAAACAGUAGUACUACCAAGCAAUGACUUGUUUAAGAAGUUUGCCCCACCUAGUGGAUCUUGGACCUGUGAGACAUGCAUGAUACCAAAUAAGUCAACUGAUGAUAAGUGUGUUGCAUGUCAAACACCGAAGCCAUCUUCAUCAAAGUCUGCAUCACAAUCAGAUGAUUUAAGGAAAAARUUUGCUCCUGCWGAARAUUCCUGGGAKUGUAGUUCAUGUAUGUUAAACAAUAAGGGUAGUGACAGUAAAUGUUUAGCAUGUGAGACACCAAAACCAUCUUCAUCAAAGUCUGCAGCUACUMCUGSAGUUUUACAAUCAGAUGAUUUAAGAAAAAARUUUGCUCCYGCAGAMGAUUCCUGGGAKUGUAGUUYRUGUAUGUUAAACAAUAAGGGUAGUGACAGUAAAUGCAUAGCAUGCCAAACWCCAAAACCUUCCUYGKCACAGAARUCAAGCWUACCAACCACAUCUACUUCAGAUGAUUUGAUGAAGAAAUUUSCACCUGYAAACAAUUCUUGGGAGUGYAGUACAUGUAUGAUAAACAACAAAAGCAGUGACAACAAGUGUGUUGCAUGCGAAACGCCAAAACCAGGAGUAGAGUCUAGUUCAUCAUCUUCAUCAUCUAAGUUAACCUUUGGCACAGAAACUUCGUUUGCAAGUAAAUUUGCUCCUGCAUCUGGAUCYUGGACAUGUGAUACUUGUAUGAUAGUAAAUAAAUCAGACGCUCUUAAAUGUUUAGCAUGCGAAACCCCAAAACCUGGUUCUUCGUCAACAGGAACCUUUAGUUUAGCUUCAGAAAAUAAUGCUGUUACUAAAACCUCAUUUACUUUUGGAGGGGCCAGUACAGGGCCCAGCACAAAAACUAAUUUUCAGUUUGGGGCAACGUCUUCUGAAUCAGAUUCUUCUAGUCCUUCAGUUCCUUUUAAAUUUGGCACCAAUGUAGUGACCACAACAACUCAACCAUUUACCUUUGGUGGGCCUUCAAAGAAAUCUGAGUCAAGUAACAUYAGCUCUUUUGUUUUUGGUAAAAGUGUAGCAAGUACUGAUACAAAUGCRUCAGAUUCAAMUGUACCUAGUUUUACAUUGGGUGCUGGUACAGCCAGUACUACUGCAAGCAAACCAAACAUUCAGUUUGGUGUCACAGCUGAUUCUAASCCUUCGGACUCACCCCAGAAAGCACCACCUGCCAUAGAAUCMGGAUUGAAUGACACAUCUGGGGACAGCCAGCAAAAAAUACAGUUUGGCGGUCUAGUAAAGGCAGAUGACAAGAAAGCAUUGCCAUUCAUCUUCGGAGGAAGUACACCUGCAAUACAGUUUGGAAGUGGUUCAAUAGUACAGGAGAGUGCUCCUAAAGCUAGCAAAACACCAACUAAAAGAAGACAAACCAGCAUCGCAGAGGCUGCAGCGGCAGGGUUACUGAAAAUCCCAUCAUCUUCACCAGCACCYGUAGUUGAUCUGACUGGAGAAGAUGACUCAAACACAGAUCGAGACAAAGUCAGUGCUCCUCCCAAUGUCAAUCUUUUUCAGUUAGGAAAACAACCCAACCAGAUGUUUUCAACUGCAACAGCAGCAGUUGCAACCAAGUCUGAAACAACAGGAUCAAUCACUUUACCAUCCCUUCAAUUUGCAUUUGGGGCUACAUCUGCUUCGAAACCAGCAGACGAACCAUCAAAAGUAGUGCCUCCCUUCUCAUUCAUGGCAGGAGCUUCAAAUACAUCAGUCACUACAGCUGCAGCACCAACAGCUACUGCAUCACCCUUCAACUUUGUUUCUCCUCUGGGGUCCGAAAACAAAGCCUUGAGUAACCCCACAGCACCCUCUCUAGUUACACCUCAGUUUGGUUCAUUUCCUCCCCCUGUUAGCACAGGGUUUCCAUCUGUUUUGGAUGCUGCUACAACUACUACUGGGACAUCUACGUUUGCUUUUAAAGCAACAACAAACACAAAUGGCAAGUUUGGAGCACCAGCUGCUGGUGGUGGGUUUGCAUUUGGUACGCCAUUGUCCAAUGCUGCUGGUGGCUCAAGCAGUGGCUCAGGAGGGUUUGCUUUUGAUGGUGCUGCUGGUGCCGCUGCUGCCCCCUCUGCAGCAAAUGCAACUUCUACUCCUUUUCUUUUUGGAGGCCAAAGUACGAGUGAACCAAAAGCUGGCUUUAAUUUUGCAGCACCAAGCCAGCCAGCGGUGGAUUCAAUUUUGGGUCACCUGCUCCGAACAACCGCAGCUCUGUUCAACCAAGUAGUUUCAUCGCUGGAUCUGGUGGCRGUGCUUUCAGUGCAGGUACAGGAGGCGUGCAGACGAAAAGAAUCAUCAAAAAAGGAAUACGAAGAAUGAAAAGAUGAACAAGACAAACAACAAAUGUCCACGGCUGGAACAUGAACGGUACAGACAAAUCGACACAAGGUUGYACUAAGUUGAUUCAAGCCAAUCAAAUUGUGAUCAACCAAUCAGUAGUUUGCUUCUAUUGACGAAACCAAGGAACUGACCAAUCAACGUGCGACGACGAAAACGCAACCAAUUGGAAUAACACUUACCCCUUUUGGAAUAACCAAUCAAAUUGCAAACCAAUCAACGAUGAUCAAAUAUCAAGGAUGUUGUGAGAACCAUACAGAAAAAGUCAGCAGAAUCAAGCAGUUUUSCAAGUGGACAAAGGAUAAAAUAUAUUAGCUUGAAUAACCUCUUUUGAUAAAGGAACCCUCUUAUCGCCCAAUAGAACACGUUUUUCGUUUUUAUUCGAGUAUAAUUGAAGCCUAACCGGUUUUCAAAGCACUCAACCCGGUAGAGAGAUUAUUUGUACCAUGACCCUAUGUAAGAUAACCCGCAAAUUAUCAGGGAUAUGGGAUGGGUGGGUGGUUAGAUGACUUAAAAAUUACUCUAGCUUAUUACAUUCAAAAAGUAUUAACUCAAAGGUGUUUGAGCAUUAAGCGAGGGUGUGUUACAGGCGUUGGACACGUCUCCCAGCAAUCAAARAACAAUAUAUGGGCACAUUGCUAUGUAAAAUACUUAAACGAGUGAUAAUUUAUAACGUACAGAAAGACAGACAGACCGACGACUAUCAUUGUAUAUUUGUUUUCGUAUUUUAUUGUCAUUCUUAUGAUAUUAUUAAAUAUGUAAUCUUAGUUAGGAAUCUUCGAGAAAUUAAUUGGCAGGAAUGAGUGUCCUUUUAAAAGGACUUGUUUUUACUUUAGUUAGUAUCAACUAUCACAUUCAUGCAUAUGUAAAUAUUAUCGAACAAAUUGGCUUAUAUUUUGUAUUAAAAAAAGGAUUCGGCGAAUUUCUAUAGACUUCUGCCAUAACCGUUUCUCUAGGAUUCUUUAAGAUGUCCAUUAUCAAAACAUGGAAAAUCGUUAGCAAUUCCUUUUUGAAAGAGUGAUUUGAUUGUCAAAAAAAGUUUUUGGAAAAAGCGCCUUGCUAAACAAGUUAAGCCACAGUGUGGAAAUGCUUUAGCUGAUUUUUUGAAAUUGAAAGAAUUUUUUUAGGCAGCCUGGUAUUUUAAARCUGCUUUCCAAAGCUCUAACCAAUACGCUUUGUAAGAGGGCACUUCCAUCAUUGCAUUUUCAAACUUACUAGCUUCUGAUCUUUGUUACAGUAAUAUUUUUGUUUAUCUUCAUUCUUAAAUUUCACGAUAGCUAACGCGAUACAGGGUUCUCAUCUCUCCAAAGGGACUGUCCAGGGUUGAGAAUCACUUUUCGAACCAUUUUUUUGACGAUUUUUGCUCUUUUAAUAUUAGUUUAACGAUAAGAUUUAAAGAUAAAAUUUUUGUUGAUAUGUGAACUCAAGGCUAUUAUUAAUCUGAUAGCAGUAAUCAUAGGUUUACAUUCUGCUACAGAUCUUAAUAUUAGUCUAUCGUMCGACAGAAUUUAUCAAUUAAAUAUAAAAUAAACUUAUUAUUUUUACCUAAGCAAA